UGCGUAUCUCUCAUCAUCUGGUGGGAAUCGCCAUAACCGCACUUUCUGCUUAUGUAAGGGAAAUCGUGGAGUGGCGAUGAAAACAAAUAGAAAACAGAGAGAAUCUGCGGAUUACAGUCAGUCGUGUCGAUGGCGAGUGCCGAGGAAGUGAAUCAGCCGCCCAAUGGCAUGGAUUACAGUCGCGGUUUGCAGGCGAAAGUGCAGCAAACGGACGAGAUCCUCCGUCAGGCGUUCCGGGACUUUCCGCCCUCGCGUGUGUUCCUGUCCUUCAACGGCGGCAAGGACUGCACAGUGCUGCUGCACAUGGUGAUACAAUUGAUGCGACACGAAGGGAUUUCGCUGAGCAAUUUGCACUGCUGGUACUUCCAGCCCAGCGAUCCGUUCGCUGAGAUUGAGGAAUUUGUGAUAUUCUGCGAGCAGUUCUACGGCAUCCGGAUCAAGAGUGUCCAUGGCACGAUCCGCGAGGCGCUGGCGAAGAUCUGCGAUGGCGAGGAGAAGCUGGAGGCCUGUCUGAUGGGCAGUCGCAGAACUGACCCUUUCUGCAGCCACUUGGACUACUUUCAGAAGACGGACGCCGGCUGGCCGCCGCUGGUGCGCGUGAGUCCGCUGCUGGACUGGACGUGCGGCGACGUGUGGGAGUACGUGCAGGCGAACCACGUGCCGUACUGCAAGCUGUACGACGUCGGCUACACGUCGCUGGGCGGGCGCGGCAACACGGCGCCCAAUCCCAACUUGCGCUACGUGGACCCCAAGACGGGUGAGAUCAAGUACUACCCCGCCUACUGUCUGCGCAACGACGGCAUGGAGCGCGCCGGACGCAGCUGA